AUCGGUUGCAUAUGCUCCGCAGUUUGUGUGUGUGUCGUUGUACAUAGAGGGCGAAGGCAAUCCAUUUGGUGUCAAUCGGUAUCACUCUAUUCGUGUAUGAAUGCUUGUUUUUCCCCUUUUCGGUUAAAUGGGUGACAACGAAUUCGCCUCACAGUUGGCUGGCUGCUCUAACAUGUCCUUGUCGAAGUUGUCGCUCAAAUGUAACAGCACGGCGAGCCUAGUGGGCCUAUAUGAUAUCCUAAAUAAUAACAACUCGUCGUCUCUAUUUUUCCCAUUUUCAGCACAGCAAGCCAUGCAGGAUGAUUUACUGAUGGACAAAAACAAAGCCCCGCAGCCUCACCAUCAGCAAGAUCCAACAAACGUAGACCCUCCCUCUACCCCGGCCCCCUCAUUUGAACCCCCUUCAUCCGAGGAGAGCAGUCCGUCGAGUGUGUCCCACCAAGCGGCUUCAUUAGUGCUGGACAACAAAGAGAAAGUGCAGAUGGAGUCGCCGAUCCUGCCGGGGUUGAGUUUUCACCAGCCGCAGGAGACUGGAGGCAGCCUCUCUCCGUCGUUCGGCAGCACUUGGUCCACGGGCAGCUCGAACGCCGGCCCGGACGACAGCUUUUUCCAAGGAAUACCCUCGGUGAACGGAACGAUGCUUUUUCAGAACUUCCCCCAUGUCAACCCGGUGUUCGGAGGUAAUUUCUCACCUCAGAUCGGCCUGGCUCAGUCUCAACAUCAUCAUCAGCAGCAACAGCAGCAGCAGCAACAGCAAGCACAACAGCAGCAACAGCAACAGCAGCAGCAGCAGCAGCAGCCCCAGCAAAGGAGGUCCCCCGUGAGCCCCAACCAAGGCCCAUUCCCCCAGAGAAACGCUUACCAGACCAUCAUGAACAGCAAGGGGUCACCUGCUCCGGCCUCGUCUUCGUCUUGGAAUAACCACCAGAACGCCGCCUGGAGCACCGCCUCCAACCCAUGGAGCGGCAUGCAGGCUGGAAGGGACCCGCGGAGAGCCGUGGGCGUCGGGGUCGGCGUGGGAGUCGGGGUGCCCUCUCCCCUGAAUCCCAUCUCCCCGAUGAAAAAACCCUACUCCGGCAAUGUCAUUGCGCCUCCGAAAUUCCCAAGAGCUGGCCCUCUUACCCCCAAGUCCUGGGUGGAGGACAGCGCCUUUAGGACCGACAACGGCAACAAUUUACUGCCUUUCCAGGACCGGAAUCGGCCCUUUGAUGCAUUUAGCUUGCACUCUUUGGAGAAUUCCUUAAUGGAUAUGAUAAGGACUGACCACGACAAAGGUAAACCACUCCCAGCCGGCGGCUCACCAAUGACUAUCGCUGAUAUAGUAUGGAGGAAUCAUUUCGCAGGACGAAUGGGCCUCAAUUUCCACCACCCUGGGGGCCGACCACAUUAUGCCGUUGAACACAGCCAGGAGCUAUGGCCGCAGAAGAGGUAAAGUGUGGGCACCGACCCC